ACUGGACCAAACACUGCCCUGGCCACCUUCUCCUCCUCGGGAACAAGGAGCUGCCUCGCAUCCCACGCCAAGAUGUCCUGCUACGACCUGUGCCCCCCCAGGACCAGCACAGACCUGUGCCCGCCCAGAACCAGCGUGGCUGUGCCCCAGCCCAUCGCUGAGAGCUGCAACGAGCUGUGCGCCCGCCAGUGCCCCGACUCCUCUGCCUUCAUCCAGCCACCACCCGUGGUGGUCACCUUCCCUGGCCCCAUCCUCAGCUCCUUCCCCCAGCAGGCCGUGGUGGGCUCCUCCGGAGCACCGGCCUUUGGCGGCUCCCUGGGGCUGGGCGGCCUCUACGGCGCCGGCGCCACCCAGGCCUCGGGGGGCCUCUGCACCUUUGGCAGGGCCUACGCUGCUCCCGCCUGCAGCCCUUGCGCCUGGCCCCGCUACAGCAAGAAGCUCUGGGACACCUGCGGGCCCUGCUAGAGCCACCACCAACUGCCCCAUAGCCCCGCUGCCGCCUCAGCCCAGCAUGGAGAAGCUGAGGUCUGCACAAGCUGCCCUGGUCACCUGCAGCCCAUGACUCCUGGCCUGCCUGGGGCCUGCCCACCAUUACUGUCCCUGCCUCUCCUGCCUUUCAGUGCUCAAUAAAAU